AAGAAAACGGUUUAUACUGUCUUUAAAUUGUUUUCCUCGUCGAUAAAUAAUGUCUAAAUUUUGAUCCAAGAAAUUGUGUUUCAAUCGCUCGAUGUGUCCAAUGGGUCGCAACUGUUGUUGUUUCGACGGUCUAUGGCUUAAAGCACACAAAGCCCGACCAACUCAUCCCAAUCACUGCCAUUCAGGCAAAGUGUAUGCCAUCGAUAGCACCACCACUAGUGGCCAGUUGUCUGGCGAACAGACACUAUGUUCGGUGAAAAAGAGACACCACUUUCCCAACGGCUUCACCCAAAACAUAAGACAUUCUUGCGAUCGCAAUAAUAGCCGAAAAUCGCAUUUCUCUUCAUAUAAUAAUAACAACAAUAAUAACAGUUAUUUUGUCAAAAAAUAUUUGAAUCCAAAUUCAACAAAAAACGAGAAGAAAGAGUGGAAAACUGAGUGUCUAUUGUACUCAAUACUGUUUAUCGUGUCGAUAGUGUGUUUCGCAAACAGUCUGAGCGGUGACUUUGUUCACGACGAUAUUGUGGCCAUUAUUAAUAACCCCGAUGUUCUCGCGAAGACACCACUCUAUAAACUAUUCCUCCACGACUUCUGGGGCAAACCCAUGGCUGAUCCCGAUUCUCACAAAAGUUAUCGCCCCUUAACUACACUAACAUUCAGGUAAAGAAAUGUUUAUA